AUGUCAGCUAGAAGUAGAGAACUACAGAGUCCCGAAAGCGUGCUAUGCAUUCAGUUCAUCAUUGCCUCUUGGCCGCUCUACAGCUCCCAGACAUGCCAGGCAACAUCGUCAGACUCCAGUGGAGACGGUUCUACUCAAAAUCUUCCUUCUAUGAUGGUGAAGCAGGUGUCGAAACUGCUGGACAGCGUUCCAUCUGUGGCCGUUCUGAUUCUUCUGAACACGCUGACAAUCAAAGUCUUCAAGAAAUUUGGCGUCACUGUUAUCCCGCCUCCUCUUUUUGGGAUGUUCUCACUCUUCGCCUUUCUCCUGGCCAUUCCCGAGACAGCUGCCUCCAAGGUUGUGAAGUUUUUCAAUCCCGGUGUCACGCUCCUCAAUCGUUUUCUCCCUCUCUUCUACACUCCCGCUCUUGUCGUUUUGCCCCUUCCAGCCAUUGUAUGCGUGAUCUUUGCAAGCUAUUCAUCGACAGCGUUCGUCACCACUGGACUUCAAUCUCUGGCAAAAGGAGGUGAGGCAGAGCUGGAGACGUCUGCGCCAAAGACGUUUUCGCCCUUCCUUGAGAGGCUCUGGGCUGUGGCGACGGCCGUCACCUUCGCUGGCGCUGUUGCCUCUCCUACUACCCUCCCAAUCUUCAUGUUUUCUGCCACUUUGUUCGCUUUCAUUGCUGGGAACCGCUUGUCCUACGUGCUCCCCAAGGCCGUCAACAACUCCUGGCAUUACCUCAUGACAGCCUUUGUACUUGUCAACGCAAUGUUCGCUGUCUACGGCGCAGUCGUGGGUAAGGCACAAUUCGACCUUUUGCGCGCAUACCUAAUGCCUGGAGCUGGGAUCUUUGCUGCUCCUGGAAACAUCAUUAUGUACUUCCUUGCCCCAGCGAUCUGGUCUUUUGCCUUCGGACUCUACGGCAGAAGGAAGACUCUCUUUCCUAAUUGGUUGCCAAUCAUCGGAGGAAGCUUCUGGUCCGCGUUUUCUGGGGUUUUUAUGAUUGCUUUCUUCAGCAAGCUCUUCGGAGCAUCUGAGAUCCUCCGACUCGCCGUCCUCCCUCGCGGCACAGCUGCUCUUGCUGUCAUUCAGGCCGGAUACAUCGGAGCAAGCACAGCCUUCGUGACAGCGGCGACCGUGAUCACGGGCAUGCUGGGCGCAAACUUCGGCAAGACCAUCUUGGAUGGGCUCAAGGUCAAGUCCAGCUGUGCCAGAGGAGUUGCGACAGGAGGAGCCGCCUUCACGCUUGGAACUGCUGCUCUUGCUAAGGACGAUCCAUCCGCCUUCCCCUUCGGAGCCCUCGGCAUGGCGCUGAUGAGCACAUGGGCCACCUUGCUGUACACUGUGACACCUGUGAGGAACGCAAUCAUGUCUACUGCCGGCUUGACUCCUCCGGGCAUUGAGCAGUCGGCACAGAGGACUGUGAAGAAGGCGGCUCCUGCUCCCAAGAAGACCAUCGCCUUCACUGCCGGGCCGGACGUGAAGGUUCAACGGGAGAUGUAA